AUGAUAGCAGCUACUUAUCGUGCGGCACGAGCUGCCCUGGUGAAAACACGCAAACAAGGAGAGUGGAUGAACUCACUGAAGGAGCUGCAGGACACGGAUAUUCGAGGGAUCAGUGAAUGGGUUUUGAAGGAGAAGGAGAAGGAGGACUGGCGCUUAGCACAGGAGCAAAGUGGGUUGGGCGCAGAUGCUAUAGACAAGGUUCUCAAUAAGAGAAACGUGCCCACAAUCCCAUUCAAUCCGAUCCUGUCACUUGGACAAAGUAAACAAGUACUUUCGUGGAUUUGGUAA